AAGACAGAAAAGGACACACGCACUUCCAGUCCCACUCUGAAAUAACGGAUUAGCCAGAGACAUAGCCAGGCAGACGGUGAUUAUUAGGCUUCUACAUCUCCAUUCAAAACAGGCGCUUUACUAGUACAUACAAAUCUCUUUUAUAAGAACCGUGAGGAAUCUCGUCCUGGAAUAUAAUACAUUUCACCAUCCAGCAGUUUGGAGAAAGCAAACAAUGCUUUCUGACGGCGACAACUAACUGACAAUGAUGACAUACAGAGGCAAUGACAGAAAGGAGCGACUGAGCCUCUCUCUUUUAUGUCAUCUGUCUCUCCUCUCUCUUCUCUCCUUCCAUGAGAAUCUGAGCCCGAUAAACCUGAACGAUUCUCACUCACCACGCGACCAGCAUCCGUCAGUAGGGUCACCUUCGGAUUUAACGCGGGCUUCUUGUGGGCGUGCGUGGCGUGAGUUAGAGUGAGUGAGUGACCAAUAGCCUUUUGGAGAGAGAAAGAAGAGAGAGUCUGGAUAUAAGCACGAUCCAACCCCCCAGACAGCAACAGAAGCAGCAGCGGGAGCCGGUCCUCCAGAGUAGCCGCCUGGACUCACCCCCAGUCCUCCAGAGUAGCCGCCUGGACUCACCCCCAGUCCUCCAGAGUAGCCGCCUGGACUCACCCCCAGUCCUCCAGAGUAGCCGCCUGGACCCCCCGGUCCUCCAGAGUAGCCGCCUGGACUCACCCCCGGUCCUCCAGAGUAGCCGCCUGGACUCACCCCUGUCCUCCAGAGUAGCCGCCUGGACUCACCCCCGGUCCUCCAGAGUAGCCGCCUGGACUCACCCCCAGUCCUCCAGAGUAGCCGCCUGGACUCACCCCCAGUCCUCCAGAGUAGCCGCCUGGACUCACCCCCAGUCCUCCAGAGUAGCCGCCUGGACUCACCCCCAGUCCUCCAGAGUAGCCGCCUGGACUCACCCCCAGUCCUCCAGAGUAGCCGCCUGGACUCACCCCCAGUCCCGCAGCCCCAUGCAGGAUGCCCGGGGGGGAGCGCUGGUCCUGGGGUGUCCUCCUGGUCCUGCUCAGCCAGAGUUCAUGACACCCUGGGCGGCUUCAUCAUGCGUCUCCUGCCCGCUCCAAGCUCCCAAUCACUCCGGCUACUCUUUCUUUUUAUCUUCGUGAUGGGGGUUGCCCCUUACCCGGCUCUCACUGCAGGAUGCCCAGACAGGUGUGUGUGUGACGACCAGCUGGUGGUCCAGUGCGCUGGGCAGGAGCUCACCCUCUUCCCCAACGACCUCCCUCUAGCCACCCGCCAACUCAUCAUCUCCAACAACCACAUCGGAGAACUUCCAGCAUUGCAACUCAACUACCUGUCUGAUCUGGUCUACUUGGAUGUCAGCAACAACACCCUGAUGGAGAUCUCCGAGUCCACCUUCGGGAAUCUCCGAAAGCUGGCCUAUCUUGACCUGUCCUUCAAUACACUAACCCAGCUUGAGGACCGGACUUUUGGACCAUUGUCAAGCCUCGUGAUGCUACGGCUAACAGACAAUCUGGGGCUAAAUGAGAUCCACCCGGACGCGUUCUCAGAAAAUAUUGCUCUGCAGGUGCUGGAUGUGAGCAGGAACAACCUGACGACGCUGAACAUCAGCUCUCUGAUCGCCCUGCCCUCCCUGCGCUCCCUGGGGCUCAGCGGGAACCCCUGGAGAUGUGACUGUGAGACGGAGGACCUCUGCCUCUGGGUCCAGAUAGAAGGAUUCAAGUUCCAAGAUGAGGGUCAGACAGUGUGCCAGGGGCCUCCGGAAGUGUCUGGGCAGCGGCUGGCUGAGGUGGGCAUGCAGCUGAGGGCAGACUGCCACCAGGGCCUGGGUUACUGGGACUAUCUGUUCUUUAUCGCUAUUGGCUUUGUCAUCUUCAGUGCUGGCACCGUGUCGGCAUGGGUGAUGGGUGUCCUCAUGGUGCUGUACGAGAGAUACAACAAGAGGAAGGGGGAAGACAUGGACAGUGAUGACGAGGAGGAGAGACAUAUGGGCGGAGGGAUGAUGGGGGGAGGGCAUCAGGGGAACGGGGAUCUGAAUAAGGCUGGCAUGCAGGUGUGAGUGCGGGAUGUGAGCAGCUGGAAGAGAAUCAAAUAAAAUAAAAAGGCAGAAGAGAAAGCAGAGAGGAUACAUUACAAGGAGCAAUGGAGUGAUGGAAGGACACUGAAGAAAAGAAGGAGGAAAGAAGAGGGAUGGAGAGAUGAGAAUAAAGGACACCGGGACCUUGGACUCUGUAGAGUGACAGUCCUGUUCUGACUGGGUGUCUCUAAGUGGAAGAGAACAGGACAGACAUUAUACCCUGUGUGUGUGUGUGUGUGUGUGUGUGUGUGUGUGUGUGUGUGUGUGUGUGUGUGUGUGUGUGUGUGUGUGUGUGUGUGUGUGUGUGUGUGUGUGUGUGUGUGUGUGUGUGUGUGUGUGUGCGUGCGUGCGUGCGUGCGUGCGUGCGUGCGUGCGUGCGUGUGUAACUUUGUGUAAGUGUGUCUGUGCGAGUGCGAGAGAGCAACAAGGGGGGAUAAGCCUUCCACUUCAGGUCUACAGAGUGACUUCUGAACUAUUAAGAGCAAUAAGCCCCCUACUGUUACACACACACACACUCACACUCACACACACACUGCUAGUUUGGUUUCUCUGGUGAUGCAAUAAUAAGAGUGAGUUACCCUCCAUUCAAUGUUAUGCGCUUGUUUGAGAAAAGCACUAUGAAUUCAAAUAAUAAUUAUGGGGAAGGACACACAGAUAAACACAUAGUAUUUAGGUCUACAAUAGGUUAGGUUCAUAUUCUAGUCCAGCCAGGGGUGAAAGUAGAAAGUAGAACUUAAUGAGCCUCCUAUUUUUUAAAUGUUUUGGGCCUAAUCAUAGAAUUACAUAUAGAACCCCUAUUAAUUCAAUAGGACCUCUGUGGGCCUACUCGUAAAGAUUUGUCAUUUAGCUUUUAAAAUGUGUCACCUUUUAUUGUGGCAUAAACACAACCAGUCAUGAUGUUUUCAUCUGAUUGUCAAACAGUCACUUCAAAGGGCUCCUUCACUAGGCUCCCCGCGCACGUUCAUCCACUCACAGCAUAUUUCCAUCCUCAAAACGGUGGUGAAGGGAAAGAUCCAUUACACAAAACAACAAAAAAGUGCAAUGACAUUUGACAACUGUCAUUAGGCGGAAUUUAUGCGUCCACUUUCAGUGUUCUCGUCGAUCCACAUCGCAUUUUGGAGCGUAGGCUACACCACCCGUUUUCAAGUGCAUUCGCUCCUUUUUUAUGCCUCUGAUAUACGGUAUUGAUAAAUAAUGGUGUAGUAGCCGACAGUUUUCAUGACAUUUUGUUUGAAGUAUUGUGACAGGCUUAUGCUUUACCGGUACAGCGUACCUACACUAUUUAUUUUGCCUUGAUGUCGGACCGCACCACCUUACUUUCACCCCUGAGUCCAGCCUAGUUAUAGCUACUGUAACUGUAUCUCUUUCACCAGGGGGAACAAGUGAUUCAUAGGUCUAGACUAACCCUGACCCUCCACUCUCUGCCUUCUGUCCACCUCAAACUAUUAGUACAGAGCGCACACACGAGAGUAGUGUUUGUGUGUUUGUUAGCCAGAUUAUUUCUAGCUGACUAAACUCAACUCCAUGGUGAAGGAAGUUCCUGAUCAACUCCACCAACGGAGUUGAUCAGAGACCAGGCUUUGUUGAAUACAGGAAUUCAGCUUGUACCUACAGUAUGUUUGUCCUCUGUAGUUUGCAUGCCUUUCCAUGUUUGCUCAAUAAACGUUAAUCAAAUACAACCAGCGCCUCUUUGCUCCUUGCUGUUGCUCUAAGACGGGAAAACUGAGCACAUGCCAGUUGAAUCUCAAAAAGGAAACAGUUGGUGGUUGUAUUUGAUUAACGGUUUAUUAAAACAUAUGGAUCUCAGCAAACAAAAAAAGGCACGCAUCUACAGAGGGCAAACAUAGGUACAAGGUAAGCGUUCCAUAUUUGUUCUUUUUUGAAGUAUUGACCUUGGGCAAAUCGAUGUAGUCAGAGCUGAAUUCCACAAAGCCUGGUCUCAACAGAAGCUUCCUCCACCAUGGAGUUGAGUUUAGUCAGAUGGGUUAUUUCCAGUGAAGUUGAUGAGAGCAUCAGUGUGUGGGUCUAUAUGUGGGCGUGGAGCAAUAGGAGGAUAUCAGCAUUAUUUUUUAUAGUGGGGGGGGUUAAUUUGUAAUCACACUCCAUGUCCCUGCCUACUGAGAUGCAUCCACACCGACACGCACGCACGCACGCACACACACACACACACACACACACACACACACUCCUCUCAAGGGCACAGCUAAAUUCAGACCCUUAGGUCUAGGAACAUUAGCACCCCUCCUUCCAUCUGUUUUUCCAUCUCUGUCUCCAUCCCUCUAUAUUCAGGAGACAAGUCCUUAGCUGUCACUACAUGCACACACGCAAGCACAAGAAACAAGCAGGCACUCAAGCAAGUAGACACGCACACAUUCAUGCACACACACAGACACACACAUAUACAGACACACACACAGACACACACAUACACACACACAGAGAGACACAGAUACACAGCUAAACUGUCAGAUCUUUAGCUGGUCAUUAUCAGAUGAUGUACUUAGGAGCAGCUAAACCGUCUCGACAGACCCACAGCCUCAAGACAGAUGAAACUGCUGUUAAGAUGUCUGUCCCAUGUACUAUAUGACCUUACUUCAAACACACAUAUACCACAAACAAACACACACGCUGCAGCCAUCUCAUCUGUUGAAUGAUGAGAUGGCCCGUAGGACAUAUCUGCUGCUCAGUCUGGAUACAGGGGGGUGUUGGGUGUUCUGUUGUGAUGCAGAGAGGGCCAGGAGGGGUACGUGUUAACCCGUAAGAGGACAGAGCAGGGUAUAAAUAUGACCACUGAAAGAGAAACAGGAUCAGGGGGAUUCAGGUUGUGUAAGGGGUGUAAGAUGUGGAUGGGGUGUUUAAGGGGUGAAGGGCCCAAUGGCUGGGAUGUAAACAGAACAGGGGUCCUGAAAGGGCAUGUAGAGUGUGUGUGUGGGUAGGUGUGUUUACAGAUGGAAGGCUGGGGUGUGUAUAUAUGUGUGUCUGUGUGAGGGUUCUCUCUCUGUUACGGAACUGUUGUUGGCAAGCGAGUCACCGUCGCCAAGGGCAAUGUUCUAGAAUCUUGCUGAUGUCCGCAACUGACCAAUAAGAGCAGGGAGGGUGCACCCUGUAGUUUCUGGAACCCCCUGUCAUCCCCCAAUAAAUCUGUGUGUGUGUGUGUGUGUGUGUGUGUGUGUGUGUGCGUGCGUGCGUGCGUGCGUGCGUGCGUGCGUGCGUGCGUGCGUGUGCGUGCGUGUGCGUGUGCGUGUGUGUACAUGUGUGUGUAUGUGUGUGCGUGUUGUAACCUCAGCCUGAGAUCCUGUGAGUGUAUCAUUGUGCAUGGCUCAUGCUAAUGGUUGAUUCAGGGGUGUGGGGGUUGGUAUUUUAAACAGCCUUCAACAUUCAUGCAUUCAUUGUUGCGGAACGUCAUGAUCUUGCUGUAAGUUGGCCAUCAGAUGAAGGCUGCAUCUCAAUAGUCUACAGGGGCUUCCUCUCCUCAUCUCCUUCAAAUGCAUUAGUGUUUCCCUAUAGGGCAAUGUUUCCCAAACUCGGUCCUGGGGACCAGAAGGGCGCACGUUUUGUUUUUUGCCAUAGCACUACACAGCUGAUGCAAAUAAUCAUCUCAUCAUUUAGUUUUCAUUAUUUGAAUCAGCUGUGUAGUGCUAGGGAAGGGGGCCGAGUUUGGGAAACACUGCUAUAGGGCUUGAAAUGAAGGAGAGGAGACAAGACAAUCUGUACUGUAAACGUUUGAAAUGCACCCAAGGAGAGCAGUCAUAGAAACAGAUUUUACUGAUUUUAUAGUCCCUAAAGUUUCCAAACCCAGAAGCACCUUAUAGUGUACUGGCUCAGGGCUGUGUGUGUGUGUGUGUGCGUGUGUGCGUGUGCGUGUGUGUGUGUUGUGCUGAGACGUCCUGUAUGUGCUAAACUUCAGAGCUAACUCCAACUGUGAGGACAGCAUCAGAUCGCAGCAGAGCCAGAGUCUUAUAGCAACAAGCUCUCACAGCCUCACAUCAUAAUUAGACGUUCAUCCAUGUUUCUCAAAAGUGACGUCUUUAAGGUUAAGUUUAGGCAUUAACUCCUUUCAAUGUUCUAUAUCUGGAUUUGAACUUGCAGCCUUUAGAACCAGAUGUUUACGCCCAUCCGCCAUCCCCGUCCCCAACGCCCUAGCAAAACAAAACCGAAACCUACUUGAAGGUAACAGCGCUCAUUGUUUCCCCUCGAGACCGGUUUCCACGUCAUCUCCCGACGUCCUUAGACAUGGAUGGACGUCAAAUACUGACAUGUAUUACGGGUGACCCACAUGCUUAUUGAGACUAAGGUCCACACACACACCAAGAGGCACGCACACACACCAAGAGGCACGCACACACACAUACAAGAAGUCUUAAAGCUCUGUUCGGCUCUAAAUAAUUUAUUGUGCUGGUCACAGUCUAUCGAUCACAUGCCCCUGUUCUGCACACACACACCGGGGGAUUGCAGAGUUAGACACACACACAAACACACUAGGGCUUCGUCGCUUCACAGACCUCUGUCCCAUAAUGAGCUCGUCUAGACAGAGAAGACAAUGCAGAUAUGAGAAGACACCCGGGGGAGAGCCCAGUGUGUGUGUGUGUGUGUGUGUGUGUGUGUGUCCAGUCUGUUCUGCAGUGGGCCGGUUUCAGGCAGUCCACUGAACCAUCACCAUACCAGUUGGACACACACACACUGCUAGUGUAUCUCUCACUCUCUCUCUGUGUAUAUACACUAGCAGUCAAAAGUUUGAACACACCUACUCAUUCAAGGGUUUUUCUUUAUUUUAACUAUUUUCUACGUUCUAGAAUAUUAGUGAAGACAUCAAACCUAUGAAAUAACACAUGGAAUCAUGUAGUAACUAAAAUAGUGUUAAACAAAUCAAAAUAUAUUUUAGAUUUUUGAUUCUUCAAAGUAGCCACACUUUUUGUUCAAAUAGCCCUUACACAGCCUGGAGGUGUGUUGGGUCGUUGUCCUGUUGGAAUGGGAUGGCAUAUCACUGCAGAGUGUUGUGGUAGCCAUGCUGGUUAAGUCUUCUUUGAAUUCUAAAUAAAUCACUGACAGUGUCACCAGCAAAGCACCCCCACACCAUCACAACUCCUCCUCCAUGCUUCACGGUGGAGAGAUCUGCUAAAACUUCUUAGGGAUAGCCCCCUUUUUUUCAAUUUUCGCCUAAAUGUCAUACCCAAAUCUAACUGCCUGUAGCUCAGGCCCUGAAGCAAGGAUAUGCAUAUUUUUGCUACCAUUUGAAAGGAAACACUUUGAAGUUUGUGGAAAUGUGAAUUGAAUGUUGGAGAAUAUAACACAAUAGAUCUGGUAGAAGAAAAUACAAAAGAAAAAAACAACCAGUCUUUUUCUACCACCACCUUUGAAAUGCAACAGAGAGGUCAUAGUUCUAGCCAUCACUCUGGUUGUAAUGUCCACAAGAUGGCAGUAUAUGUGCAAAGUUUCAGAUAGAUAACUUGAAGUAUGAAUGAACUACAAGACUUUUAGUGUGAAGUCCCCAGGUACAUUUGGGCAAAUCGUGAAGGAGACAUUCGCAUUCAUAAUAUAUUUUUCUACAAGAAUAUCAUCAAAUCUGUAUACUUGGACUUGGACUUUCCAAGUAUUAGUAGCCAUAUUAUAAGUUAUAACAUUUGAAAAACAACUAGUUUUCAUAAUUUCAUAAAUCUGAAUAUCCUUAUAAUUUUUGUCCAAAAUGAAAAGGCAUGCUGUCGUACAAGGUUAGUAGCACAUUUUACGACAUAUACAUGGUUUCACGUAAAGCCCAGCUCUUUGGUUAUCUAGCUAGCUUUGUUUGACAAAGAUACAGUUGUUCAAGUGAUGACCGCCCGCGUCAUUGGCGUGCCAUGAAGGAGGUGAAUUUAUCAAACCUAUCGUGGUGAAAAAAGUGUUUUGUUGUUAGGAGCUCUUCUCAAACAAUAGCAUGGCAUUUUUUCACAGUAAUAGCUACUAUCUAGGAAAUUGGACAGUGCAGUUAUAUUAACAAUAAUUUACGUUUUCAGACGAUAUAAGACACUUAUAUGUACCGACAUUUGUUGUUUCUCUAAAAUCUGCGAUCUUGACAUAACUAUUGUCCAUUGCUCGUGUUCUUGCCCCAACAAGUCUCUUCUUAUUAUUGGUGUCCUUUAGUAGUGGUUUCUUUGCAGCAAUUCAACCACGAAGGCCUGAUUCACACAGUCUCCUCUAAACAGUUGAUGUUGAGAUGUCUGCUACUUGAACUCUGUGAAGCAUUUAUUUGGGCUGCAAUUUGAGGUGCAGUUAACUCCAAUGAACCUAUCCUCCGCAGUAGAAACUCUGGGUCUUCCUUUCCUGUGGCGGUCCUCAUGAGAGCCAGUUUCAUCAUAGCGCUUGAUGGUUUUUGCGACUGCACUUGAAGAACCUUUCAAAGUUAUUGAAAUUUUCCGUAUUGACUGACCUUCAUGUCUUAAAGUAAUGAUGGACUGUCUUUUCUCUGCUUAUUUGAGCCGUUCUUGCCAUAAUAUGGACUUGGUCUUUUACCAAAUAGGGCUAUCUUCUGUGUACCACCCCUACUGUAACGGCUUUCUUCUGUGGACGAAGGAUUGGACCAAAGCGCAGAGUUGUUAGUGUUCAUCAUGUUUAAUAAAGACAAUAAACAUGAACACUACAAAAUACAAAACAACAAAUGUGAAAAAAACAAAACAGUUCUGUUUGGUGCAGACACACGAAAACAGAAGACAACCACCCUCAAAAACCCAACACCAAACAGCCUACCUAAAUAUGGUUCCCAAUCAGAGACAAUGACCAACACCUGCCUCUGAUUGAGAACACAACAUAGAAUGCCCACUCAGCUCACAUCCUGACCAACACUAAAACAAAGAAAACACAAAAGAACUAUGGUCAGAACGUGACACCUACCUUGUCACAACACAACUGAUUGGCUCAAACGCAUUAAGAAGGAAAGAAAUUAAACAAAUGAACUCUUAACAAGAAUCCCAAAUAUAAAAUAUAUUUUGAUUUGUAUAAUACUUCUUUGGUUACUACAUGACUCCAUAUGUGUUAUUUCAUAGUUUUGAUGUCUUCACUAUUAUUCUACAAUGUAGAAAAUAGUAAAAAUAAAGAAAAACCCUUGAAUGAG